CUCUCUGUCUGUCUGUCUCUCUCUCUCUCCUCUCUCUCUCUCUCUUUCUCUCUCUCUCCUCAACCGCCGCAGAACUCCGCCGACCAACCGUCAGGUGACCGCGCGGAGCGGAAUAUUCAUCAGCACCGUCGUCGUGUUUCAUCCCUCCUCUCCUUCGGACUACAGGCAACCGAAGCUGCCGUUGCCCCGGUCCCCCCCUGUAUCCUCUCAUCCGGUGUGGGACAUUCUCCGCUCCCCGCACACGCAGAUUAACGGGGAUUCUGCCUCCCGCCCGCGCGCUGAUGCUGAUGUCCUUGAGCUCGGCCUGCACGGUGAGUCGGUCCUGGUGGUGCAGCAGUAGCGACCCUGUACCGGAUCCACUUCCUGUCUCUGGUUUUUCAGCCGCCUCAGCCUCGCUCGCCCCUCUCUCCAUCCGUCCGUCAUUCCUCCACCCCUGUCUGUCCGUCUGCCGGCCCGUUUGUCUGUCCAUGGACUGGCCGUGACCCUGGAGGGAGGGGGACAGCAACGAGGAAAGAGCGGAGUCGCCAAGGAGACAAAGGGGAAGAAAGCUGGAUUCGGCCACACGCCACGCUCCUGAACCGCCCCUGCUCGUCAUCCUUCAUCCCCCUCACCCUCCUCCUCCUCUGAUGGAGAAGUAAAGGAGUAGUGGGAGACUCUGCCUAGUUAGCCAGGCAAAGAGAAGAAGAACAAACCCCCCCCCAAAACAAAUAAACAAACACCCCUUCAUUUCCCUUAUAGAAAAUAAAACAGGGUUAGACAUUUCUUUUGCAUUAAAACUUUAGAGAAAGGAAGCAAAGCAGGGGGAAAGACAGAUUUUGACCAAUGAGCACAUGAGCAACCCUCCACCAACCAAACUAAAGGGGAACUGACUUGAGGACGGACUCACGCGAGAAAGGAGGACCAAAACAAAACAAAACAAAAAAAAAGGACUUACAAUCCAAACGUCACCAACAUGUCAACGACAGCCACCAUGGGGGAAAUGGCAAACAGCGCGGUGGAGUUUUACCCCAAGGGGACUCGAGGUGGGGGUGGAGGAGGAGGAGGGAGGGCGGACGGCAGCCAUGCUGGGGGAGAUUUCGGGGUGACGGUGGAGGAGCUCAGGGAACUGAUGGAGCUCCGAGGGGCUGAGGCCCUGCAGAAGAUCCAAGAGAGCUAUGGAGACACAGAGGGGCUCUGCCAGAGAAUACAGUCCAGCACUACUGACGGUCUCACUGGGGACCCGGCAGACCUGGAGCGUCGGUGCCAGGCGUUCGGCCAAAACUUCAUUCCUCCAAAGAAGCCCAAGACCUUCAUGGAGCUGGUGUGGGAGGCUCUGCAGGACGUCACGCUCAUCAUCCUGGAGAUCGCCGCCAUCAUCUCCCUGGCCCUCUCCUUCUACCAGCCUCCUGGCGGGGAGACUGACAUGUGCGGGAAAGGGAUGGGGGGAGUGGAGGAUGAAGGCGAGGCGGAGGCCGGCUGGAUCGAGGGUGCGGCUAUCCUGCUCUCUGUAGUGUGUGUCGUCCUGGUGACGGCGUUCAACGACUGGUCCAAGGAGAAGCAGUUCCGGGGUUUACAGAGCCGGAUCGAGCAGGAGCAGAAGUUCACUGUGGUGCGGAAAGGAAACGUCAUCCAGAUCCCUGUGGCUGACAUGGUGGUGGGGGACAUGGCCCAGGUCAAAUAUGGUGACCUCCUUCCAGCUGAUGGGAUCUUGGUCCAGGGCAACGAUCUGAAGAUAGAUGAAAGCUCUCUCACUGGAGAGUCUGACCAUGUACGCAAGUCUGUGGAGAAGGACCCCAUGCUGCUCUCAGGUACCCAUGUGAUGGAGGGCUCGGGGAGGAUGCUGGUGACGGCUGUGGGCGUCAACUCUCAGACUGGCAUCAUCUUCACCCUGCUGGGCGCUGGAGAGGUGGAGGAGGAGGGAAAAGAGAAGAAAGAGGACAGUACUCAGUUCCUCAACUCCACAGAGGCCAGUUACAGCACAGUCACCAAUGGAAAGCAACCUGAUGGAGCUGUGGAAAACAAUCAGAACAAAGCCAAGAAGCAGGACGGGGGUGUUGCCAUGGAGAUGCAACCUCUGAAGAGUGCUGAGGGAGGGGAGGUGGAGGACAGAGAGAAGAAGAAAACCAACGUUCCUAAGAAAGAGAAGAGUGUUCUGCAGGGCAAACUCACCAAACUGGCUGUUCAGAUUGGCAAAGCGGGUUUGGUGAUGUCAGCCAUCACCGUGAUCAUCCUGGUGCUCUACUUUGUCAUUGAGACAUUUGUCGUUGGAGGUCACGCGUGGCUCGCAGAGUGCACCCCGGUUUACAUCCAGUACUUUGUCAAGUUUUUCAUCAUUGGAGUCACUGUGCUGGUGGUAGCUGUCCCAGAGGGCUUGCCUCUCGCCGUCACCAUCUCUCUGGCUUACUCUGUCAAGAAAAUGAUGAAGGACAACAACCUUGUGCGCCACCUGGAUGCGUGUGAGACCAUGGGCAACGCCACGGCCAUCUGCUCCGACAAGACCGGCACCCUCACCACCAACCGAAUGACUGUGGUGCAGACUUACAUAGGUGAUGUGCACCACCGUGUGGUCCCGGACUCUGGGCAGGUCAACCCCCGGACACUGGACCUGGUAGUCAACGCCAUCGCUAUCAACAGCGCCUACACCUCCAAGAUCAUGCCGCCUGAUGUGGAGGGAGGUCUGGCUAAGCAGGUGGGCAACAAGACGGAGUGUGGCCUUCUGGGAUUUGUAUUAGACCUGCAGCAGGACUAUGCUCCUGUCAGAGAGCAGAUCCCUGAGGAGAGACUCUACAAGGUGUAUACAUUCAACUCAGUGCGUAAGUCCAUGAGUACAGUGAUCAAGCUGCCUGACGGCUCCUUCCGCCUCUACAGCAAAGGAGCUUCUGAGAUCCUGCUGAAGAAGUGUGCCUACAUCUUGGAUUCCAACGGUGAACCUCGCAGUUUCCGCCCACGCGACAGAGAUGAGAUGGUCAAGCAGGUGAUUGAACCAAUGGCAUGUGAGGGAUUAAGGACCAUCUGUAUUGCGUUCCGUGAUCUGCCAUCCAAUCCGGAGCCAGAGUGGGAUAACGAGGCAGAAAUUGUGACUGAGCUAACCUGUAUCACUGUGGUGGGGAUUGAGGACCCUGUACGGCCUGAGGUGCCUGAUGCCAUCCGCAAGUGCCAGCGCGCGGGCAUCACAGUUCGAAUGGUGACUGGUGACAACAUUAACACAGCCAGGGCCAUCGCUGCUAAAUGUGGCAUCAUCCACCCUGGGGAUGACUUCAUCUGUCUAGAGGGCAAAGACUUCAACCGGCGAAUCAGGAACGAGAAAGGAGAGAUUGAGCAGGAACGCAUCGACAAAAUCUGGCCCAAGCUCCGUGUGUUGGCUCGCUCCUCGCCAACUGACAAACACACACUGGUCAAAGGCAUCAUUGACAGCACCAUUCUAGAACAGAGGCAGGUUGUCGCGGUAACAGGGGAUGGAACCAAUGAUGGACCAGCUCUGAAGAAGGCUGAUGUGGGCUUUGCCAUGGGUAUUGCGGGGACAGACGUGGCUAAAGAGGCUUCUGACAUCAUCCUGACUGACGAUAACUUCAGCAGCAUCGUCAAGGCGGUGAUGUGGGGAAGAAACGUUUACGACAGCAUCUCCAAGUUCCUGCAGUUCCAGCUCACUGUCAACGUGGUGGCUGUCAUAGUGGCCUUCACUGGGGCCUGCAUCACUCAGGAUUCUCCACUGAAGGCGGUGCAGAUGUUAUGGGUGAAUCUGAUCAUGGACACGUUUGCCUCUCUGGCCCUGGCCACCGAGCCCCCCACGGAGGCCCUGUUGCUACGGAAACCCUAUGGCCGAAACAACCCACUCAUCUCCCUGACCAUGAUGAAGAAUAUCCUGGGCCAUGGGGUCUACCAGCUUGUUAUCAUCUUCACCCUGCUGUUCAUUGGCGAGCGCAUCUUCAACAUCGACAGCGGCCGCAACGCACCACUCCACUCCCCUCCCUCCGAGCACUACACCAUCAUCUUCAACACCUUUGUCCUCAUGCAGCUUUUCAACGAGAUCAAUGCACGCAAGAUCCACGGAGAGAGAAACGUCUUUGAUGGCAUAUUCAGCAACCCCAUCUUCUGCUCCAUUGUUCUGGGGACCUUCGCCGUGCAGAUCGUGAUUGUGCAGUGGGGAGGGAAGCCCUUCAGCUGUGCCCCUCUCAACGUGGAGCAGUGGCUCUGGUGUCUGUUUGUGGGAGUUGGAGAGCUGCUCUGGGGGCAGCUGAUCGCCACGGUGCCGACGGAGCGGUUGCCAUGCCUGAAGGAGGCAGGGCUUGGCCUGGAGCCCGGUGAGGAGGAAGGGGAGGAGCUGGCCGAGGAUGAGGAGGAGAUCGACUGCGCAGAGAGGGAGCUGCGCCGCGGGCAGAUCCUCUGGUUUAGAGGGCUCAACCGCAUCCAGACCCAGAUGGAGGUAGUGAGCACGUUCAAGCGAAGCGGUUCGUUUCAGGGAGCGGUGAGGCGGCGCUCGUCUGUGCUCAGUCAGCUCCACGACAUGCGAGUGGUGAAAGCGUUCCGUAGUUCGCUGUACGAGGGCCGGGAGAAACCGGAAUCCCGAAACUCCAUCCACAACUUCAUGGCCCACCCGGAGUUCCUCAUCAACGACCUCAUCCACAACAUCCCGCUGAUCGACGACACCGACGUGGACGACGAGUCGGAGCUCAGCAGAUACCAGCACCUGCACCCGGCCCUCCGCAAGCCGCCACCCCCUCCCACCCAGCCCCAGCCCCAAGCCCGCACCCGCCCCACCCGACCCUACCGCCAGUACAGCCUCCCGGUGACCCCGUGCAACAGGAACAACAACAACAACAGCAGCAGCAGCAGCAGCAUCAGUUCAUCCGUCGCCCAUGGCAACAGAAACAGCAGCAACGUAGUAACUCCUAGCAACCGGAACCCCCAUCACCACCACCAACACCAACACCACCACAACCAUCACGGCAGGGACAGGCUGGUGAAACCCUCCCCCUCUCCCCCCCCUCACCUGGCCCAUCUCUACUGCGUGGAGACCUCCUUAUGACUGAGCUGAGGGGGGGCUGGGGUGGAAAACGGAGGAAACGGGGGAUCGGAGUCUUGGGAAUGGGAGGGGAGGGGAGGGGAGGGGAAGAGAGGGCUGAGGACUCACAGAAGACAUUUUCAUCAUAUCAGAUUUCCCUUAUAUCAAGCAAAGGAGGAAGGAGCGAAGGAUGAGGGAGGUACAGGAGGGAGUGGACAAUGGUUGAAGACUUCUUCUCGCAAACUCCCUGGGAACAUUGCGACUUUCCCUCCCUUUGCCCUUGCUCCAGCCCUCUCAAUUUAACCCCCUCUCCCCUCCCGAAACCUCCCUGAACCCCUCUAUCACGUCCCCCCGAGACCCCGCCCACCCCACCCUGACCUCAGACACACACACACACACACACACACUUGUCAUACACACAUACACACACAGGUCUGCUCUGGCUGCUUUCUUGGAGCAACGGUGGGGUAGGGAGGGAUGGCAAUGGGCACAGUUGGAUCAAAACUGCAUAUCCCACAAAGCAUCAGCAGAACAGGGCCAUGUGGCUAUGGGGGCUGACUCACUCUGUUUCUAUUGGUGUUCCUCAUUAGUGUUCUUGUCACUACCUGCCUACCUACCAUGACACCACUGUUGUCAUUUGUCUGGUUAUGAUCUACAGCCACUUUGAAAUUUGCUUGCGAUAUAUCUGACGCUUUGUCACAGCUUUAACUGCAUCUCAUUUCCGUUUAUUUAUUCGUCCAUGUCCGUUUAUUUCUCUAUUUAUUGGUGCUCAUUCAUUUCUCUCUUUCACAUUUGUUCAGUCAUUUCGAUUACUCCGUCAGCUCUCAUGCAAAAAUUCCGCAUCAAGCUUUUUUAUGUUCAUUUUUCAUUUUUCAAGUAUCAUUCCUCUGUCUUCUCUUUCUAUGUGUGUAUGUGUAAUGUCUUGUCUAUUCUGAAAAAAAAAAAACUGACAAAAAACAUAAAAACAAAUUGCAAACAAGGAUACUGUUCAUUUAAACCUAAUAGUAAUUGAAUUAUAGAACGGCUGCAAAAAAAAAAAAAAAAAAAAAAAAAAUAGAACAAAAGGAGGAGAAAAUAUAUAUAAUUUCAAUGUCUGGGAAGUGACAACACUGAACUAUUCAUGGCCAUCGCUGUUCUUUUUCCAGCCUGACUUGCAAGUCCUUGAAUGCCACCCCAUAAGUCCACAUGAGCGGUUUCGCCACCUGCCCUGCUGUGAGAUGAUGCAGUGGGCAGUAUCUGUCAUCCGUUUGACUCUGUGGUGUGCACCUGUAUACAUACACUCACCCCGUACAGCUCGAAAUUAGGUUGCAGCCCCCUUUCAUGUCAAUGAGUACGUAUGGUCACUGUUUCUGGACGAGCCCAGGAUGCCGUCCUCCUCCAGCCUCUUUAUUUUUCUCUCUCUGGCUCCAUCAUCUUCUCUCUUGCUGUUCCUCAGUCCCCUUUUGUUGUUUCCAGCCUUUUCCCUCCGCUCUUUCUCGUCUGUCUCUCUUGUCGUUGGGUAUAUCAGCCUUUGUUCGUUUUUGUUUUGUUUUUGUUGAAGCUGAAUGCUUGUGAAGCAUUAACCCUUUAAACACCGUCAAUCACACAAUGCACAGGCGAUGGCCCUUUAAGACUUACAUGUGCUCGUGCAAACGUCCACCUGUUUUCCUGCUCAUCGGGUCGUCUCUGUCACGUACCACUGUCCUCUACUCGUCUCUGUGUGUGUUGUGGAUACAUGGCAACAGAGAUUCUGUUUCAUCUGACCUGUUCAGUCCAGUCACUUUGAAGAAACCACCGCUGAGAAGCAACUGUCUCCUUAAGCAAUCGGACGUGUCUGAUUAUGUGAACGAUCCCCUUCAGUGGUCAGUUUUCACUCUUGCCAUCAGGCUGAAAGCCCACACAGAUUCUGACCAAUGAAAGCUCAUGUGUCAUGUCCUUCUUUCAUUACUUUAGUGAAUAAUGUGCAUUCCUCAUCAUCAAUUUGUGCAGUUUGUUAAUCGGGCACCUUAAGAUGCCAUGUUAUCUUGGAGCGGUCCAAAAUAACAGGGCAUGACACGACUGCACGAAUAGAUCCCUACCAAAGGAAAGAAAAAAGAAAAAAAAAAAUCACAGAACAUAUAUUGACAGCCGCCCAUCCGACAGCGGGUGUAGCGUUCAUGGCAUUACGUUCCACUGUCAUCUCGCCUAUUCCACCUCGACAUUCCAUGGAACAUAACAUUCCAAACGACCUCAUCACAUUCCAGACCGGGUGUGAGAGUGCCCUCCUGUAUCCCAUGUUGCACUAGGUGUGGGUGGACCGCUGAUGUCGUGUUGCCUCGGAGCGUGACUGCAAUGCAAUGCAGCCCUGGGCCCCCAACCGCCCCCCACCCACUUUCUCCCCCUCUUCCACCACCACCCUCCCCCUUCCCGUCCUCGCCCGUCUCCCUCAGUUGUCUCCUGAUGAGCCUGGUAUCCCCGAGUAAUCAACUGGUCCCACCACCAGAGAAAAAAGGCAGGGGCAGACAAUAUGCAACAGACUGCCAUGUCAGCAGCUGCACCCAGACAUAGAAUUAGAAAAUAAAUGUAUGACGCAGACAUUAACACAUGCAAAAAGAGCGAGAGAGAGAGAGAUACAUGUCUGUCCUGCUAGUUCUAUUUCUGGAUGCAUGCAGGGCUCUCUGGGAACACCCUUACCUGUCUUCUAGAACUCUUGUCUUAUUGAAUGCUCAUCAUCAUCGCCGCCAUCCAAAAAAAACUGGCCUGUCAGAGGGCAGGAGGGUGGUGACAUUGUAUUGGUCUGUCUGUUUUGAAGCAUGCAUUUGGUAUCAUUAAUGUCACUCUUUAUGUGUUGGUAAAUCAUUUAGGCUACUGUCACUACUGUAUGCUAUGAUCUCUCCACAUCUGCUCUCCUCUCUCUUUCUCUCUCUAUCUCUCACACACGCAUACACACCCAGAUCCUGUUCAAGUCUAACCUGAUCUAUUCUAUUUCAGCACCUCUUAGCACAGCUCUGUCAAUGCUUUCUGCAGUCUAUGAAACACACACACACAAACACACACACACACAGACGCACACACAAACAGACACGCCAACUGGCAGAUAAACUACAGUGGUGUAAAUUCGACUGUCCAGUUCCAGCUAUCUCUGUCCAUCUGUCCAGCCACGUUGCAUCAUGAUCUUGUGAGACAACAGGAGGGAAAACACAAUGUGAAAAAGAAUAUAUUUACUAUCAAAGUUAUAAAUUAUUGUACAACUUGCACCACUACUGUACAGAUCGCCCAAAUGUGCACAUGUGCAUCUUUGAUUUACAGGUACCAAGUUCCUGUUACACAUUUAUUUACUUAUUUUUCGAUGUUUCUUUCUUUUAAUCCUAUUGCUUUUUGUAAAGAGAGGAACAACAAAAUGGAAGCGCUUGUAUAUUACUAUUAUUAUUCUGAUUAUUAUUACUCUUGAUUUUCUCCACCGGUGCUCCCACUGAUGGAAAAAAAGACAGUUGCACAUUCUCCUGAGCAUAUUCUGAGGGCUGUGUUUUCUGUCCACUGAACAGCCCCUGAAGUGUGCAGAGGUGUGGAGAUGCUUAGUCUCUCUUAAGACCAGAGAUACCACUCUGUAAAUAGAGACCAGGAGAUACAAACGUACCUCAUUAUGAUCUACAAGACUGGGCAAAGAGGGGACCCAGGAAGGAUGGAGAACUGGAGGGUGAUGCAGAGCUAGAGACUGCAGAAGUGCAAUGCAGCCCCCCCGCUUGCAUUGUUUAGGCUGCUCUUUUAGAUCUGCUCCAAGUGUUUACUGCCAUGUCACAACGGGACGAAAUUUGAGAUUUUACAUUAUUCAUUAUACAUACUGUUGUAAAUAUUGUGUGGAAUGGUCCCUCUUCUUGCACACUGCAGCGCUGUUCUGCAGACAGAAAAUGCAGCCUUAACUGUGCUGAAAUAAAAAAAGACCAAAAAACAAACAAAAAAAGAAGAAAAAAAUAUAAAGACUAUUGAAUAUAUUAAAGAGUUACCUGCCUGUUAUUUAAGCAAAUAAAUAUCUAUAUAUGAGGAAGAACACACCUGUAUACUGUAGACUAAAACUGUAUGGAAAUCUAAGAGAAUUUACUGGGAAUAAGUCCAACACCUUUUGUCUGUAUGAAAGAAAAAAAUACAUCAAAGUAUUCUACAAUAAUAACUUUGACAAAGUC